GUUAGUAAACACCGAGCUGGGUCAGGGAACACCGAGCUGGGUCAGGGCUAGUAAACACCGAGCUGGGUCAGGGUUAGUAAAGCUGACCGUGUCUCCUGCUGCCGUCCAGCUCGUCGCUUGUCAGGUGGUGACCAGGAAGCGUCUGUCUGUGUGUCUUCGGAGGGAAAUGAAAGACCCGAACCUGAACAACAUGACGAUCAGCAACCAGGUGAUCCUGCAGAGUCUGGAGCACGAAGACAAUCCGUUCGCUGAGUACAUGUGGAUGGAGAACGAGGAGGAGUUCAACAGACAGGUGGAGGAGGAGCUGUGGGAGGAGGAGUUCAUUGAGCGUUGUUUCCAGGAGAUGCUGGAUGAGGAGGAGCAAUGGGAGUGGUUCAUCCCGUCCAGAGAUCUCCCGUCUCUGCAGGAGCAGCUCGGCAUGCUGGGAAUCGACGCCGACGCCGACUUCGACGUCGUGAUCAACAGCAGUCUGAACCCCAAUGCCAAGGAGUUCACUCCGGGCAUCCAGGAGCACGUCAUGUGACCCCACGGCCGCCGCCGCCGCCUCAGUCCGCACUGUGACAUCAUCAACAAGAUGUCUGCCGUAUUUUCCAGACGCCACUCAACCUUCAAGCCUGACGUGUUGCCAAAGUUCUGCUGAGUGUUCUCUGAGUGUUCUCUGCAUGUUCUCCUGCCAGCCACCGACUGUGUGUGUGUGUGUGUGUGUGUGUGAGUGAGUGUGUGUGAGUGAGUGUGUGUGUGUGUGU